AUGUUCUUGCAUGCCCGCGUGCGCGACUGUUCGAUGAAGGCACCGCCAGCGAAGGAAACAGGUCGUUGGGCUUGGCGAAACAUCGCCCGCGUCGCAUGCGCACAGAUACGCACCGCUGGCAAGCACGGCCGCACACGGUCACAAUGGUGGUGGACGACGUGGCUUGCUGGCAACAAGGAACAACUGUCGGCGCGGUACUGUUGUCCGAGGUCUACUCCGAUUGGCCCAUCAGAGCAAGCGCUGCCACGACACCGCCAUCAACGGAGCCUUUUUUCUUUAGCGCCCGGCGGUUCACCCUCAGUUGCCUGCUUCUCGGCGUUGAAAUCAGUUUCGCCAAGAUCAUGGAUUCGGAUUGUCAGCUGGGUAGAUCCGUCUUCGACGUACACGAUGGAGUCAACCAGCCGUCCGUAUGUCAUAAUCAUUCGGAAUUCCUGGAUCAUGGGGUAUUUGAUGGACUCAACUGCAGCUGAGCGCGACAUGGAGACGUACCUGGAAGCGCUGGAAGGCAGGUGCAGGCCCAGGCAGGUCGCAGAAAGCCAUGGAAGGCCCGUGACGAAGAUCAUCAGGGACGAGGGCCCCGUGGCGGGGAACGUUGACGGAUGCAGCUGUCAGGCACGAAGGCGGCGAACUUGA